UCCCACAACGGCACCCAUAAAAAUCCCAUUUUUAGACGAGGAGGACGACAAAGAUCCGACCUUUCCUCCUUCCCCCUCCCCCCCUCCCCCUUUCUACCUUCGAUCCGAUAUCUCGCCCUCGGCAACCGGCCUUCUCGUUCCCGAUCCGAGAGCGUUCCCGGCGCCGCGAUGACGAAGCAGAAUGUCGUGCCGGCGGAAGCCGUGGCGGCCAUCACGGCCGCGGCCGCGGUGGCGAGCUCGUCCCCCCUGUACCCCUACCCGCCCCCGCGAUCCUUCCAGAAGAAGUACCUCUCCCAGCUCGACUUCGCCGGCGGCAGGAUCGGCACGUGGGUGGAGUCCAUGAAGGCCUCCUCGCCCACCCACACCAAGGCGGUCGGCGCCAUCGGAGUUCCCGUCGAUGAGCAGUCCGCCGCGUGGAUCAUGCGGCACCCCUCGGCUUUGACCAAGUUCGAGCAAAUCAUGAGCGCCUCCAAAGGGAAGCAGAUCGUGAUGUUCCUGGAUUAUGACGGCACGCUCUCACCCAUCGUCGAAGACCCUGACUCCGCCUUCAUGACCGACGCGAUGAGAGCGGCAGUGAGGAACGUGGCGAGAUACUUCCCUACCGCGAUCGUUACCGGGCGAUGCCUGGAAAAGGUCAUUGACUUCGUGGGAUUGACGGAGCUAUACUACGCCGGUAGCCACGGCAUGGACAUCAAGGGCCCGGCGAAGCCCCGGCACACCAAGGCCAAGGCCAAAUCGGUUCUCUUUCAACCAGCUCGCGAGUUCCUCCCCAUGAUAGAUGGGGUCUACAGAUCUCUGCUGGAGAGAACCAAAUCCACGGCUGGCGCCAAGGUGGAGAACAACAAGUUCUGCGUGUCUGUCCACUUCAGAUGUGUGGAUGAAAAGAGCUGGGGUGCACUGAUCGAGCAGGUGAGGUCUGUGUUGAAGGAGUACCCCAAACUUCGGCUCACACAAGGAAGAAAGGUUCUGGAGAUUCGUCCAACUAUUAAGUGGGACAAGGGGAAGGCGUUGGAGUUCCUAUUGGAGUCACUCGGAUUUGCGGACUGCAAGGACGUAAUGCCGGUCUACAUCGGAGAUGAUCGCACCGAUGAAGAUGCCUUCAAGGUUCUGCGAGACCGUGGGCAGGGCCUCGGCAUCCUUGUUUCCAAGUUCCCCAAGGAAACGAAUGCUACUUACUCGCUGCAGGAGCCGACCGAGGUGAAGGACUUCUUGGUGCGGCUGGUGGAGUGGAAGCGCCCGACGAUGAAGGCUCUGUCGAAGGUGUAGAUAGGAUACGAGCUCCUGUUGCUGCGCCACCUCUGCGAAAGCUUGAGGGUCUCAUGGCACUGAAUGAAAUGGGAGUUCAUGUGAUCCCCCCCCCGCCUUUGUUUCAGGAACAAUAAUGCACCUCUGAAGACGUAGAGGCACGACUUCUGUAUUCCUCCUUUACUCCUUCCUUUCUCGGGCUUGAAAGGCUCUGCAACUCGAGCUUUCUUCCCUCUGCACAGGCAGCUGAAAUCUGUAAUUAGAUCUGUGUACAACUGAGGAAGAAGAAAUAGCAUUUGUUUUCUUUUCCGCCA